AAAUCUUCUGAACGAGCCAAAAGAACAGCAGCCAAACAACAAUCGCACGCAAAGCACCAAACAGUCUCUCUUACUUCCACAUUCUCCUCUCUCUGUAUUCCUUUUUGACCCAUUUGAAUCCAAUCCAAUGAUUUGCAAUUAGAACCAACUUGUUCUUCUUCAACGGUGUGAUUAUUAAUAAUUUCAUUUGAAUGGUGGAACUUAUAAUGGGAUGGGAGCUCAGAAAAGUAUCCAUGCUGGCAAAGCCAAGAUAGACCUCAAUGUUGAUUUUACCCACAAACUCUGUGCUGCUUUGAUGCUCUCUCCUUUCAGGAAUUCUGGCAGUCCACUUUCACUGGUUAUUGGGAGUCUUUGCAUCAAACACCCCAAUUUAUUUGGUAGGAGUGAGAAGCUUGAUGUAUUGUGGGAUAAGGGACUCUAUGAUUCCAAUGUCUUGAUAGCUUAUAGGAAGCCGAGACCCGAAUGGCUUCCUCAGAAGUCUUUUGUCAUUCAGCACUCUAUUUCACCCGAGAUUGGGGUGCAUGGUGUGCCUGUUGACAACUUCUCUCGUUCAGGGAGUGGAAGUGUAAAUCUUUGUCGCUUCUCUUUAGGGCUUGAUCUGAAUGAGCCUGGAAGUUCCCACUGGAGCAACAAAACCAGUAUAAAGUUCGAGCAUGUUCGUACAAUUAAUGAUGAUGGCCGCUCUAUAAGCAGAGACCUUGACGGGUUUCCAGUAACCUGCAGUGGCAGUUAUCAGGACAAUAUGGUAGUACUGAAGCAGGAGUCUCAAUUUGCAAAGGCAAAUGAUUGUAGUUUCAGUCGAUUUAGUCUGCAAAUCGAACAAGGAAUUCCCGUUCUAUCCAGGUGGCUGAUCUUCAACCGAUUCAAAUUUACUGCAUCAAAGGGAGUUAAACUUGGGCCGGCAUUUCUCUUGACAAGCUUGACAGGUGGUUCCAUUGUAGGGGACAUAGCUCCUUAUCAAGCAUUUUCCAUUGGGGGUAUUGGUAGUGUUCGUGGGUAUGGUGAGGGUGCAGUUGGAUCUGGUAGAUCUUGUCUGGUUGCUAACAGUGAAUUAACAUUCCCUUUGAAUCAGAUGUUAGAAGGUGCUGUUUUCUUGGACUGUGGAACAGAUUUGGGAUCUGGUCGUCAUGUUCCUGGAAAUCCUGCACUGAGACACGGAAAACCAGGAAGUGGAGUCGGGCUUGGAUACGGCCUUCGUUUCAAGUCCCAAUUCGGUCACUUGCAGGUUGAUUAUGCUAUCAAUGCAUUUGAACAAAAAACUGUCUACUUCGGCUUCAGCAACCUCGCUUCAUGAUAUACCGGCUGCCCAAUUACUGGAUUCUUUUUAUUUAUUAUCAGAUUCCAUGCGGAGUAUUUUUUGUUCAAGUUGCAGAUAUGAAGGCUGUGUUCAGGUUUGAGUUGUUAAAUUAUUGUUAUUAUUUUUUUAACCAAUUUUUACAGUGAAAAUUUGAGAAUCUCUUUUAAUUUUUAUGCGAGACAAUUGUUAUACCAACUGACAAAUAUUUUAAUGAGAAGAGGACAUGCACACUUUUGAUGCAAGUUAGGUGUUAUGCAAAUUAAA